ACCCUUACCCCACAUCUGUUUCUUCCCCACCGAACCGGGAUUAUCAUCAGUAUGGCCAGCAUUAAUGUCGAAAACGCGAGCAUCCUUGACAAACCGCACGAGUAUCAUGUGCCGUCGGAGCUCCCCCUCGGGGUCCGGGCGUAUAAGAUGGCCGAGCUUGCACUGCGCACCCUGAGGGAAGAGAAACUCGAACUCGGUUCCGCACGGAACCAUGCGGCGAUGGAACAGGGCUACACGCUUGCGAGGCAAGCGGCAGAGGAAGUGCGAGUGGCUUUGUUAGCGAAGCAAGAACCUGGGGCAAACUUAGACAUUAACGAACAAGUCAGAGCUGCAGUUGACGUGCUGCAUAGAAUAGCGACGCUCUCAAUGGACCGAAGAAUGGCUUUCCGCCUCCAAGAAGCAGUAGAAGAAUUCGAUCGGGAAGCCCACGCAGAGUCACCAACUUGUGGCACGCAUCUCAGACGGUUGUCUUCUCUGACAAGGCGUGCCGAACAUCCACAGUCACCGAAGCAAGAGCAGUGACUCCACUGGGAGAGGGUUCUCAUGUACAGCAUAUAUGUUGAUUAUAUGAUACCAGAUAUCCAAGUUCAAGAUCAUGGUGGCAGCCCAGCAGAUGUCGAUCGAGAACCUCGAUUUGACGUCGGGCAUUUGAAAAGGAAGGUGAUUGCAUCAGUGGUUUUGCUCCCCGGGAGGCUGGACGCGAUGAGAACCGUCGAGAUGUGAAUGGCCAAGGACCCAAUCCCUCUAGGUCGGUGGGAUAGAUCUGGAAAGGAAGCUCUGGAAUCUAUUCCCACAAACGUGCGAAGAUGUAAAGGAUAGAAACGCAAUAUCAGUCCCUCAGUCGCUCACGCCGCUCCGUAUGCAGGUGGUCGCUCUUCCUGCCCGUUCGCCGCUUCGGCCUGGUUCGGCGUCUGUCCAGUCGACGGUGUCUCACCUCUGCCAUCGCUUGCUGGGGUGCCACUAUCUUGCCAGUUGGCAAGCAGUACAUCACGUGCUGUGCAUGUCUCU